CCUCGCCUCAGUGCCCAGGAUGUGAUCAAUGUAUAUUGUGAGACAGCUGAAGUACAGAUGUAUUGUGAUUUCUGUCAUGUCAAACUUUGUAAACCAUGUAUUGGAGAACACAUUGCUGAUGAAUACGAAAAACAUAAAAUUGUCCUAUUCCAAAAAAAGAAAUCCACCUUGAUUUAUCCAAAGUGUGCAACACACCCAACCAAAACUUGUGAUUUACAAUGCAAGGAAUGCGACAUUCAUGUUUGCCCUUCAUGUUUUACCUCAAGUCAACAUAAAGGGCACAGUUUUUUAGAACUCUCCGAAAUAUACAACUCAAAGAAAAAAGAUAUCGCAAAAGAUACAGAGGAAUUACAACACAUUAUUUCUCCAACAUACGAAGAAAUCACAAAUGAUCUAGAAACACAGAUAGCUAAUUUUGAAGGAGAAUAUAAGAAACUUAAAACAGCAGUGACAGAAUAUGGAAAACAAUGGCACAGAGAAAUUGACAAUGUCAUCAUUGCCAUGAAGAAAGAAAUAAAAAGUUUAAAAAGAAAACACUUUGACAUUCUCAAGAAACAUACAGAUGAAGUAAAGCAAAUACAGUCCCUUAUUGAACAAACUCUGCAAAACCUAAAGGAAAUUGAAGAAUCAAAUGAAGUGUCCUUGACCUUUCAAUACAGCUCCAGAAACAAAGAAUUUAGCAAACUUCCUCCCACGGUCCAAAUAUCACUGCCAAUGUUUAAUCCAAAACCAGUAAAUGGAGAACAGAUUUACAAGUUGUUUGGAUCUCUUGCAUCUUUAUCUACCACAACAGAAGAAAAUGGCUACAAACUGAAAAAACCAGAAACAUCAACCAGAGAAAUGCUGGAAGAACCAGAACUUAUCACAUCUAUAGAUACUGGGUAUGAAAAACUCUAUAGUGUUACAUGUCUCAGUGAAGAAGAAAUCUGGACAAAUGGAGUAGUCAGUGAUAUGAAAUGCUUUAACAUUCAAGGUUUACUUAUAAAGACAAUCAAAACAAAAUCAGGGGCAUGGCCACGUGAUAUAGCAGUGAAAGUUGAUGGAGAUCUAGUGUACUGUGAUGGGACAACAAAGACAGUGAAUAAAGUUAGGAAUGGACAGACAGAGGAGAUGAUCAGAUUGCAGGACUGGACACCUAAACAGCUCUGUAUCACCUCCUCUGGUGAUCUCCUUGUUACCAUGUACAGUGAUGAAAAAACACAAUCCAAAGUUGUCCGUUACUUACGCUCCAAAGAGAAACAAACAAUCCAGUUUGAUAAAAAGGGUAAACCUCUGUAUUCGGCAAAUAGAAAAAUUAAGUUCAUCAGUGAGAACAGAAACCUGGAUAUCUGUGUGACUGACAAUAAAGCUGGUGCUGUAGUGGUGGUCAAUCAGGCUGGUAAACUCCGAUUUAGAUACACUGGUCAUCCUUCUACUACAAAGAUCAAACCAUUUAAACCUUAUGGAAUCACAACAGACAGCCAGAGUCAGAUUUUGACAGCAGACGGUGAUAACCACUGUAUCCACAUACUAGACCAGGACGGACAGUUCCUCCGUUAUAUAGAUAAUUGUGAUCUGAAGGAUCCAUGGGGAUUAUGUGUGUAUAAAAAUAAUCUGUUUGUUGCUGAGUGGAAAGGGAAAUUAAAGAAAAUUAAAUAUUUGGAAUAGACAUCUUUGUAUGUAACUAAAUAGAUAUAUAUGCUUGUAUAUAGGCAAUUAUUAUGGUUCUUUUUGGUUAUAAAGACUGUUUUAUUUUGUAAGUUAUAAUUGUAUUGUUAAAAUAUCAUGUUUAUUUUUCAAGUUAUCAGAAUAGAUGGAUGAAAUUAGUUUCUUACUGUUGGUUUUCACUUAAAAUUAAUGGAA